AUCACCUACUUUGCGAAAAAUAACAAUAUUAUUGACCAGUUAAGGCAUCAUCGGGCCAUUAAAUUGAUCAGCUGGUGAUACCAUUGAAAUUACUGAAGCUUCAACUCACAACCCACAUGCGACCUAUCAGUUAAUGUCGUCUAUUAAGAUAUAGCUUAUGUUUAUUAGUGCGAUGUCCUAAGAAAACAAAUAUUAUCCCAUUAUAUACAUUUGACUAUACACUGCACCAGCCACAUGUAGAAGGAAUUCCUUGAACGAGAUGAUGGCGAAAUCAUAUAUAAAGCCCAUUUAUCUUCCUUCUCCGUGUUGUGUCUGGGCUUCAAUCUUUGUCUCGGCGAGAAAAGCUCCCUGAAAAUGACCAUUACUCGCAAAAGUUGCCUCGUUACGGGCUGCUAUGCUGGUGGAGUUGGCGCCGCCCUCGCCUUAGCCUUCAGCAAUAAAUGUUACCCUGUCUUUGCGACAGCACGCUCGCCAUCCAAGAUUCCACAGGCAAUGCAUGUGGCACCCAAUAUCACCGUGCUCGCACUCGACGUCGUGUCUUCUGAGCCUAUCGCCGCCGUCGCAAAAACAGUUCGUAGCCAACCCGAUGGGAAGCUCGACGUUUUAAUCAACAGCGCCGGCCUCGGACUGACCAAACCCGCCAUGGAUACUUCCAUUGCCGAAGCCAAAAAGUUAUUCGACGCCAACUACUUCGGUGUUCUUGACUUGACCCAGGCGUUCAUUCACAUGCUGGUCAAGGCCCGGGGCUGUAUCGUCACCAAUGCAUCUGUCGGUAGCCGUACACCGGUAUCAUUUUGCAGCGUCUACAACGGGACCAAGGCAGCUCUGAUCCAGGCAGUUGAGGUCUGGUGUCUGGAGAUGGCACCACUCGGCGUGCGCGUCCUGACUCUCAUCACGGGUGGUGUUCAGAUGAAAUUCUUGGCUAAUGUUCCACUCCUGACGCUGCCUGAAAACUCCUACUAUUCAGGAAUCAAGAACAUCAUUGAAGAACAAACAGACUAA